CUUGUCCUUUUUUUUUUCCAGAACCGAAAAGGCCGCCGCCGGAGAAGGAGCAGACCGGCGAAGCAUCUCCUCCUGCUCCCCCCACCCGACGACGACGGCCAACGCCUCCAAGCCUUACUGCAACACCAAGAACCCCCACCGCCCACCCAUGCCGUGCUCGCUCCUCUCUCCGAACCCUCACCCGCGGACAUGACCGCCGGCGAUGGAGGAUCCGAGCCCGUCGUCCGCCGCCCCUGAGCCUCCCCUUCCCCCGCCGGAGGAAGGGGACGGAUGGGUGUUCCUGCCUCCCAGCGAGGUCGAGGGCGUCGACGAUCCCAAGGUCAUCCACUGGGAGGACCUGCAGCAGGAGCUCGCGCGCCUCUGGAGCCUCUCCGCCGCGCUCCAGGCCGCCAGGGACCGCAAGGCGCAUCUCGCCGCGCGUCUCGAGUCCGCCAUAGAGGCUAGACAGGGGUUUCUCCAGCAGGAUAAUGAAUUGGCUGAAAUGAGGCAGAGACUGCAAGAGCAUAUCGAUCAUCUGGCAAAUUUGAAGAUGCACACAAAGAAAAUCUCGGAGGAUGCAGAGGAUCAAAGGGCACAGCUUUGCAUCAGCAUCAGAACAUUGUCCGUGGGAAGCAAAAAUAUUGGUGCAGCACGCAGUAAUCUGGAGGAGGCUAAUAAGUUGCUGUCAGGGGAAAAUGGCCGUGGGCGCCUUAAAGAUAUGGAACAGAAGUUACGGAUGAGGCAGCAAUAUAUGAUAACACAAGUUGCUCAGAUAUAUCCUGUGAGGCCUUUAGAUGAACAAUCUCCAGAUCACAAGCCUGGAUUUACCACCAACAUCACCAAAACAAGAAAUGCUGGAUCAGGGUUUCAAAAUGGCUCCCAAAACAGACCUUUAGCCAUCUUUGGUUUACAGUUAUCAAAGCUUUCUGUGAAAAAGACCGGCUACUUCAGUGACAAGACAGAGUUUCAGAAAUCAUCUACUGUUCUGGGAUAUGCUGCACAUGUAGUCUCCCUCAUUGCAUCAUAUCUCAACAUUCCUCUUCGAUAUCCGUUGCGCUUUGGAGGUUCACAGUCAUAUGUUCUUGAUCAUGCACCUGCAGUAGAGCCAUCAUCUAUAACUUCAGUUGUGAGUUCUGUACAUCCAAGCACAAGCAUGAGGACGAUGGAAUUCCCUCUGUUUUUUGAUGGCCAGGAGACAACAAGAUCGGCAUAUGCAAUAUUCUUAUUAAACAAGGAUAUUGAACAACUUUUGAAUUACAUCGGCGCUGAAAGUCUUGGCCCGAGACAUGUAUUAUCUAACCUCAAGCAGCUGACAACGAUCGUCCAGUCGCAACAAUACAUUUCUAGUUGAUGGAUUUGACCCCAAAACUUUUUUGGAGUUCCGAGUGUGGUUAGUGCAGAUAUGGAUUGGUGCUAUUUUUACAGGCACGAUUCCUUUCUCAUGGCACAGAAGACUCCAUGUUUCUGCUGAUGUGUUCAUGUAAACAAGUAAAUGAACUUGCUGGUGUAAAAUGUAAUCACUGCCAAGUGUAUAGGGAAGAUGUGGAUUAUAGAUGAGAUGCUAACUAUCAGGUCAAGUUGCUUCUUCCUUCAAGAAUUGUGUGUUUCCCCUUAGCGCUGGCAUUUUGUUGUUGUUCUUACAUACACUAUGACCACCUCUAUUCACGGACCUGAUGUCUUCCUCUGCGGGGCUUCUGUUAACUGCACUUUUUGUUGGAGCCAUGGUGAACAAGCGUUUCAUGCUUGCACGAUUGGAGAAGAAACAUAGGAGAAUGUUGCUAUUGAGGCUAAGUAGAGAAGAAAUCUGAAAGUCAAGCCAUCCUCAUGAGAAAGAGAGUUUCUGAUGGGGUCAGCGUGCUGAAGAAAAUGCUAUAUCCUGUGUCAGGCUAUUCUGUUCUGUGGAAAAACUUGUACAUGUGUUGAGGCCGACGUCAUUAUAGAAAGAGAAGCUUGUCAAUGUAAUCUGGGAGAAGGUCGAGCUGCAAGGACUUGAGAGCACCAAUACUGAAGCCAAAACACCAGUAUCUGGAUGUCCAGUUGAACUUAUGAGCUCAUUCUGGCAGCAGGUCCGACUCUGAAUCUGAUCUUGCUGAGUUCUCCUGAUGGAUGCAUCAAGACUUACGUUAUCAUGAGAAGCUCAGCCAUGGCGACUGACUGCGACUGACUGCGAGCCCAGGAAGCUCAGCCAUGGCGGCCGUGCCCCGAGGUGGCCGUUGCUCGCCUUCAGCUGGCCUUCUCCAUCCGCGCCCAGAACAACGGAGAAGGACGGCAUCAAUGAGGGAGGGGGACGAGUCCGUCCGCUCGUUUUCGCCUGCGGGAUCGACCCUAAAUAGAAGACUUAUAUGUUUCAACUAUUAAACCUAUACUGAAAACAAAUGAACUUAAAUAUGUGCUCA